GGUCACACUGCGACAAAUACAACGCUGUGAUUGGUUUUGGUUCCAACUUCAAGCUAAAACAAAUUUGGUUGGUGUGUUAACGAGAAAAGGAGAAAACGAAAAAACGCUAGCAAGAUGUCAAAGGCUGACCAGGAUCCAAUUGGUUCGCUGAGCAUAAUGGAGCAAAUUAAGAUAUUGAUCAAGCCGCCGCCGAACGAGGACGAGAAACUGGUGCAGCGAAGCGGCAACACAAAGCAUCCAUAUUAUAGGCGUCCAGGACGCGGACAUAACCAUGAUUUGUGUGAUGCCUGUGAGGAAGGCGGCAAUCUAUUGUGCUGCGAUCGCUGCCCAUCAAGCUUUCAUCUGCAAUGCCAUGAUCCACCAUUAAAUGAGGAGGACAUACCAAGUGGCCAGUGGUUGUGUCACAGUUGUCGCAUGGCCAAAGUGUCGCAGCCGGCCUGCUCCUCCAAAGCCAGCUCCGUGGAGCGAGUGCCAUCGGCAGGCAGCGGAUCGCGCGCCAAUACGCCGUCAUCCGGUGAACUAGAGUCCAUUCCGCUCAAGAUCCGCAACUUACGCAAGCGCAGCAACAGCGAACGCAACAGCACCGAGAAGCUGCUGUCCAAGAUGCCGCUGGCCAUACAGCGUGCCCUCGAUCCCAAUAAGAAACCGACGCCAUUGGACGACGUCAUACGCGCAAGCAUGCUGAAUCCGCAGCAAUUCUCGUUGCCACCGGAGUUGGAGCUGCACACACAGUUCCCGGGCAAUGGCAAAGUGCAGCCAGUGCAACAACCACAAGGUGGUGGCGCCGCCAGUGGCGGUGGGGGAGGCACUGGCAACGGUGGACAUGGCAACGGGGGACAUCGCACCAAACCUGGCAAUCAGCGACGCAACUCGAAGCCAUUCGAAUUGGACUCCCAAGGGCUGGUCCCAUUGCCCGCCAAAACCUGCUUCUAUUGUACACGCAGCUGCAAGCGAGCGCCGCUCAUAUCGUGUGACUAUUGUCCGCUGUAUUAUCAUCAGGAUUGCCUCGAUCCGCCGUUGACCGCCUUGCCCGCUGGCCUGUGGAUGUGCCCCAAUCAUGUCGAGAAUUUUAUUGAUGCCAACAUGACCAACAGCAUUUCAGCGACGGAGCGCGUGCGCUUGUGGAAUCGCUUCCAUCAGCCGCUGGACCAUGAAAAUGUCAAAAUGGAGUUCUUUCGCCGUGUCAACACCCAGCAUCCGCCGUUCCGCGUCAAGCUAGAUAUGCGCAGUCGUGCCCAUAUAGAGGUCCCAUCCAUAGUGCGCUAUCAUUACGAGCAUCCGCCAGCGCUGUUGCCAUCGAUGCGCCAAACGCUGCGCUAUGAUCGCGUCAAGCGUCGCAAACAAUUGCCCACGACUGUGGAGGAUAUCUCGAAGGAAAGCGUCACUGAAUCGCUGCUCAAGGAUCUGGAAGCAUUGCGCUGCGCACGUGCCAAAUUUCGCGAGAUACAACGUGAAUAUGGCAGCAAUGUGGACUUGGAUGGCGAUGCAAAUUUAAGCGACAGCGAUGCUGAUGCCGACGCUGAUGCUGAUGUUCAAAGUAAUGGAAAUGUUGCUGCUCCUGUCACAGUCAAUGCAGCUGACAACAAGACGGAAGCGGAUGAGCACGCGACUAGCGAUCAGAAUGAUUGCCCAAUGCAAACUACAGUUGCUCUAGAGCCGACACAAAAACCCAAAAAUAAUUGCAGCAAUCUGGAUCUGAGUUACGAGGAGGAUGAAGAUGAUUGCAAGGCAUCAUCAUCAGCGGGUAUCAUUGACGCCGAUCUGUGUCAUCUGGACGUUGACAUCAUUAAGCAGUUGGCCCAUCAACGCUUGCAGCAGCUAGUCGUCGAGCAUCCCGAGAUUGUUACCCAGUACAAGAAUCGAACAGCAGCGCGACGUUUGCGUCAGUUGGCGACGGCGACGAUGACGACAACCACCGCGAAUGGCAAUCCACAGUGUACAGCACUGCAAGGCGAUCUGGCGCCAGAGGAUAUGCGUCGCUUCUCGCUGCUCUUCACCAGCGAAACAUCCUCAAUACUGGCACAAAAGAACAGCAAUGGUGCCGACGAAGAUCCCAUGAUGGCGCUGCAUCCAGCGCUCGCCACAGCCGCUGCCAUUGCGGCCGCUGAUGCCGCUGCCGAGAAUUAUGUGCCGCGCCAGCGCAGCGACACAGAGAAGGCCUAUGAGCUGGCCACGCGGCUUCAGCUAAAGCUCCUGCAGUGCAAAGUGCGAGCGCGUGCAGUUCUGACGCCACUGGGCGAUAUGCUGGAGGACAGCCGCUGGUUCAGUCCACUGGGGUUGGAGCAGUCGCUGUUUAUGCGCUAUCGAUCCCUUUACAUUGGCUACGGCGGACACUAUACGCCGUCGACAACGUUGGCCCACACCGAAACUGUUGACCUGUCGGCGAUUGGAUAUUGUGCACGCAUAUCGCCGCAGCAUGCCAUCAUCUUUUAUGACGAGUUCUCCAAAUCGUUUGAGUUGAUCAAUUACUCUGAGUUUGGCACCGAGGUCAAUGGCCAGUUGUACAUAUGCGAUUUAACGGAGUAUGCGCCAACGCAUGGCGGCAAGCGGAUGCGUGCCGAUGAUGCGGAGCUCAAGCGGCGUGUCGAUGAUCUGCUUGACAAGCGGCGAAACAUUCAGCGCCAGUAUGAGCCCAAAAGGGAAACGCAUAACAAGUUGGCACCAAUUUUAAAACCAGCCUGCCGCUGCCAAAUUGCACCCAAUGCUCCAAUCGUGCCUGGCGCCUGGGAGGGAUCCGCAGUGCUUGCCCAUGGUAGCCUGUUGCGCUUCGGGUGCCUAGCUUUUGUUUUCUCUGUGCCGCCAAUCGAUGUGAUGAAUUUGCGAGUCAGCAAUGCCAAGUGAAUGCAGAAGGAAGCAGGAGCAGCGGAACUUAGGAAUCGAAGCAGAAAGCACCAAUCUCAGUGAAUGCGGCACAAUCAGCGGCAUCUCCACACAAACCAGAGGAAUGUAAAAUUCCAACAUACCCAGUCCCCUCCUGCCCAUAGAGUUAAGGACGCGCUCUCAGAACGCCUGGCGUCAAUUGAAGAGAGAGAGCAAGCGUGAGCGAGUGAGAAAGAGCGAAUGCGAACCAACAUUACUAUUUUGAGUUAUAUU